AUGAGUAUAAGUGUUAAUACUGAAUCUGUGGUAAUUAUAGGAAGUGGCCCUGCAGCGUACUCAGCUGCUAUUUAUGCGUCCAAGUAUAAGCCACUAAUUCUAGCAGGAGACUACGAACGAACUAGCCAGUUCCCAGGAGGUCAGCUGAUGACAACAACUGCUGUAGAUAACUACCCAGGCUUUGCAGAGGGGAUUACAGGACCAGAACUGGCUGACUUGUUCAAGAACCAUGCUGAAGAGCAUGCAAGAACAAAACAGCUCUGGGUGAACUCGGUCCAAAAGGAUGAUGGGUACUUUGUGAUCUCAACCUCCCAAGAGACCUUUAGAAGCAAAGCUGUAAUUAUUGCAACUGGCUCAGUUGCCAAGAAGCUGAGUGCCCCUGGCGUAGAUGCUCUCUGGCAGAAUGGAAUCAGUGCAUGCGCAGUGUGUGAUGGGUGGAUGUUCUCUGGUAAAAUUGUGAUGGUCAUUGGAGGCGGGGAUACUGCCAUGGAAGAGGUGCAGUAUCUUGCCAAAAUUGCAAGCAAAGUGAUUUUGGUCCACAGAUCAGAGACAUUCCGAGCAAGGCCAGAUCUGCUAAGCAAGGUAAAGACAAUAAGCAAUGUGGAAAUACACACAUGGAGUGUUUUGGUGGAGGCCAAAGGAAAGGAGUACUUAGAGUCAGUUAUCAUCAAAAAUACCAAGACAGGAAAGGAGACAGAACUGCAAGUAGGUGGCCUGUUCUUUGCAAUAGGGCACGAUCCAUCAACAGCCUUUUUAAAGUCUCUGGAAGAAGAAACCGGUGCAAGUUUAUUAGCAAGUGACAGCUAUAUACAGACAGACAAAGAAACAAUGCAGACUGCAAUAGAGGGAUUAUAUGCAGCAGGAGAUGUACAGGAUAAUAAAUAUAGGCAGGCCAUAACAGCUGCCUAUUCUGGCAUGCUUGCAGGCCAGUCUACAACGCAAUGGCUAGACUCCCAGAAAUAA